AUGGCAAAACCUGUAUUGUCUGAUCGACUCGUGAGAUGGUACCUCCAGUUUCAACAAUUUGAAAUUAUUUAUGUACCUGCGAAGGCUGUCAAAGGACAAAUAUUGGUAGACUUUUUAGCCGAUCAUCCCAUACCUGCCGAGUGGGAGUUGACUGAUGAACUCCCCGAUGAAAAAGUGUUUAUAGUCGAAUCCCCGUGGUCGAUGUAUUUCGAUGGAGCCGCGCACCGUGACGGAGCUGGUGCAGGAGUUAUCUUUUAUACUCCUGAAUCAGAUAUAUUGCCAUACUCUUUCACUUUAACACGUCGGUGUUCAAACAAUGUGGCCGAAUAUCAGGCAUUGAUUCUCGGUCUGGAAACGGCCGUAGACAUGAAGCAGUUGCAUCUUAGGGUCUAUGGUGAUUCCAAAUUAGUGGUCAUACCUCCAAUGUUUGAUGAAGAAGAUGGUGGUGAGGAAGAAAAUAUUUAUCAUAUUUUUGUCCAUGAGAUCGAAAAUGAGGAUUGGCGUCACCUCAUCAUUGAUUACCUUAAUCAUGGAAAGUUAUCAGAAGAUCCUAAGAAAAGGAUUGAUAUACGUCGUCGAGCGCCACGUUUCAUUACUACAAAGGGACGCUUUACCGAAAAUCAUUCGAUGGGGUAUUUCUGCGAUAUCUUGGAGAAGAUGAAGCUAUGCAAGCAAUGGAGGAGGCUCACUCUGCGGUAUGUGGUGCUCAACAAUCUGGCCCAAAAUUACACUUUCGCAUUAAGAGAAUGGGAUACUACUGGCCAACGAUGGUAA